UGUUUAGAACUUUCAGUAAGAAAAUGUGUUAGUUGAUUUUGGUAAAAAGUUGUUUUGAUUCAUAGGAAAUAAAUAUUAGUUUGUCAAACCUUGGCAAUAUUUUUGAUUUUCUUACUAAAAAAUGGAGACCAAACCAAAGAAUGAAUAUUUACUUGCUCUAAAAGUAAUGAGGUUAACACGACCCACUCUUGCCAGUCCUGUAGUUGUUACUUGUGAUUCAAUAGAUUUACCAGGUAAUACACUCAACAAUGAAUUAAAAAAUGAUUGCACAUCAUUGCAAGGAAUGGAAACACUUGCUAUUGGGCAAUUUAUGGUAUUACCGCAAAGUUUUGGAAAUAUAUAUUUAGGAGAAAUAUUUUCAAGUUAUUUAUGUGUACAUAAUGGUAGUAAUCAAGUAGUUAAAAAUGUGACCGUUAAGGCGGAUUUACAAACAAGUACUCAAGUUAUUUCAUUAUCGUCAGGAAAUUCAGAAGUCAAGGAAUUAGCUCCUGAUAAUACAGUAGAUGAAGUUAUUCAUCAUGAAGUUAAAGAAAUAGGAACACAUAUAUUAGUAUGCGAAGUUAGUUAUGUACCUGCUAAUUUAAUGGGUCCUCCACAAUCAUUCAGGAAAUAUUUUAAAUUUCAAGUAGUUAAGCCUUUGGAUGUAAAAACAAAAUUCUAUAAUGCAGAAUCUGAUGAAGUGUAUCUUGAGGCACAAAUACAAAAUCUUACAGUAGGUCCAAUUUGUUUAGAAAAAGUGUCAUUGGAAUCAUCACAUUUAUUUAGUGUAUCAACAUUAAAUAAAAAUGAAAAGGGAGAAUGCAUUUAUGGAAAAAUUAAUUUAUUGGAUUCUGGUUGCAGUAGACAAUAUCUAUAUUGUUUAAAACCUCAGUUAAGUUUACAAAAAGAUCCUAAAAUGAUGCAUAAUGCUACUAAUAUUGGGAAAUUGGAUAUUGUAUGGAAAAGUAAUCUGGGAGAAAGAGGACGACUGCAAACAAGCCAGUUACAAAGAAUGGCACCAGAAUAUGGAGAUUUAAGAGUUAUUAUGAAAGAUAUUCCAUUGAAAGUUUAUCUAGAAGAACAAGUGAAUCUUAAUUGUCACAUAACAAAUACUUCAGAAAGAAGUAUGGAUUUGUUAUUAAGUUUGGAAUCAAGUGAUUCAAUUGCAUGGUGUGGAAUAUCUGAUAAAAUAAUUGGAACAUUAAAGCCUGGAACUUCUAUUGAUGUACCUUUGAGUUUAAUCCCAUUAGAUACUGGCAUUACUAUUAUAUCUGGCUUAAAGUUAAUGGAUACUUUUUUAAAAAGGGUAUAUGACUAUGACGACUUAGCACAAAUUUUUGUCAACCAAUUGAAUUAGUGUGAUCUAGGAAAAUAUUUAUAUAAUGUAUAUUUUUUGUAUAUAUUUAAUUUAAAAAUCAUACUAUAAUAAUGUAUUAUUAUUAUUUAAUAUUUAUUCAAAGAUAUGCAUCUAUAGUAGACAUUUUUUUAGUUUCACUGACAGCUCCAACAGCACAUGCCAAUAAUGUUUGAACAUCUUGAGGUUCGUUUCCACCAAAAAUGUAACCGUUUGCCUUAUCAACAGCAUUUUUCACUUGUAACAAAAGUGCUUGAUUGGAAACAUCUAAUGAAAAUACAUAUACCUGGAUCGCUACAAUGAUGUGAGUCUACAAGAUGUACACUACACAAUCUUACUAAGUUCUGAGUCAAUUUCUCAACAAUUGAACUAACAGAUUUAUGAUGUGUAUAAAGUUCAACCUAUUUAUAACAAAGUUAUAAUUCAAUAAUGUAUUUGCAUAGACAAUUUAAAUACUGAUGUAUAAUUAUACCUGUCCUGGGCAAUCAAAAAUAAGGUAGUAAUCCUUUAAAUUUAAAACUUUAGUAAUCAACCAUUUGACAUUUGCUUCUAAAAAUUCCAUACAGUAAACUAAUGCUCCAUUUGGACCAAGACCAUAUUCUGACAUUACUUCUUCAUGUUUGAUUAGUUCAGAUAUAUCUACCAAUGGGGUAUAUUCCAUAUUUUCAUUAGCUGGAUCUGAUGGUAAGAAAAUAUAUUUGUAUAAACUAAAUAAUUAUAAAUUAAUGUUAUAUUUCACAUACCAAUGUUGAUAACAGCUACUUUUCUACCUAUUUGCUCCAGAAAUUUACACAUUGCAUUACAGUAAGUAGUUUUUCCACUACCAGGUGGUCCAAUGACCAAUUGUCCAAAUAUUAAACUCAUAUUUUUUAUCAGUCUUUGGAUUACCACAAUUUCAAUUGAUUUAUACUAUCAGUUAUAACUUUUAAUAUUUCUUUAUUAUAAUCUUUUAAAGAUAUUGACAACAAUAAAGGUUUAUCUAUAUUUAUUUGUUCUGCAAUAUAUCUAGCAGCAGCAUGAACAUCAAUUUCAUCUUUACCAAAGAUAACACUGAAAUUUUAAUUUAAUUGUAUUAGAUAGAGAGGGAAAAAAAACUUCAGAAAUAAAAAUACUUACUUCGUAGAGAAAAUAUUGCUGUUAAAUUGAUUUAAAGCUGAUUCUCGAUUAACUGUAAUUAAUGAUCCCAGUUUCUUGAAAUGAGAGAUAAUUAUGAAUAUACGAUUACUAAAAAUAAAAUAUGAUUUUAGUUAACAGUCAAAAAUGUUGUUAAAUAUUCUUGAACAUUUUCAUAUUUGUUGUUACUUUUACCUGUAAAUUGUUACAGCAAUAUCUGUAUGAUAUCCACAAGUAUUAAUUGCAAAAAUAUGAUUCAUAGUUUUUCACGCAUUUCUGUAGAAAUAAUUAUCA